AUGGAGGAAGAGGAUCGUGAGAGAUCCUUGGAUUUGGCUGAUGUUUUAACUGAUGAGGAGACGCGGUUUUUCAUUGGACUCGUGAAGACGUGGAACAAGAACAUGAGGGUGGAUGUGGAACCCGUUUUGACUGUCGACGACUUGGAGGAGAGGAUGAAGUGUGGGAAGAAGGAGAAAAGUGCUCGAUAUGAGCUGUGGACUCUGCAAAUGAGAUGCAAGUUCAAGAAGGAUUAUGACCCACCAUCGCUGAGGAAGAAGUGGGAGAACCUGAUGCGGUCUUACCGAAAACUUGCCAAAAAAGGCAUAAGUUCCGCAGACAAGACGAAGUUCAAAUUUUUCGAAGACAUGAAAUUGCUGCUGGACACACCAGCAGUAUCCUUUGAGAAAUCGAGCUCUGAUAAAAUGAGCUAUGAAAUCACGAAGCCCGAACAGCUGGCAUUGGUGAAGUAUCUCGAGCCCUUGGCCAGAGUGACUUCUUCGCCGAGGAACAUUCAAAUCCCAGAGGACUGUGUUCAGAAGUUGUCUGCCGAGUUCAAUAAGAAAACAUUUUCUCUGGAGUCUCUUCAAGAUCAGUGGUUGCAAAUGACCGCCGAUUUUGAGAUAUUUCAGGAGAACCCAAACGAGAUUUGCAUAACAUCAAAAGAUGUUUUGAAAAGUAUGAAGGAAGUUUUUUGUUGUAGUGAAGUGCUGGCUGGUGAUGAAGUUGUGAGCAGGGGAUUUAAAAUGCUUGCUGAAGUUUUCAAGGAAGAGGCAGAGAAGGACAGGAAGAUGAUUGCCAAAAUGCUGCCAUUGUUUGGCAAAGCUUUGGAUGUGGCCUUUGACUUAAGUCUAGUGGUACCAUGGAUAGUCAAAGAAGGCAAGUCUAUGGAUCUCACUCCUGUGACCCUUGGUCUCUUGGGCUCCUCAUACGGAGCUGUCCAGUUCUUCUCAAGUCCAGUGGCUGGUUACUGGAGUGACACCCAUGGCAGGAAGAAGGUCUUGCUGGCUGCCCUGUUCCUCACUUCACUCAGCUACAUGAUCCUGACAUUUGCUGAUAAAACCCAUGACACACUGCCCAUGUGGUUGGUUGUGAUUGCAUUGUUCCUGGGGAGAAUAACUGCUGGGCUCUUCAAGCAUAGUCAGACUCUGUUGAGAGCCAUUUUGAGUGAGAGUGUGUCCAGGAGUGAGAAGGCGGCCAUUUUUGGCAGGUUCAAUGCCUUUUCGAAUUUUGGGUUCAUCCUGGGAUCCGCCUUGGGGGGUCACAUGGCCAGUGGGCCCAGAGGGUUCUACAGGAUCAGCUUGACUGCUGCUAUUGUCUUCCUGCUCAAUUUUUUGCUCAACUGGGUAUUUUUGGAGGAUGAUGAACCAGAGGAAGUUGAAGGACUAAAGAAGAAAAGAGGCCUUGCAAAAGGUGCUGAAUCCCCUGUGGAGCUGAUGGACUACUAUGACCUGUUGCUGGUGCAGUUCUUCCUCUCUUUGGCUGCCUUGACUUACAGAGCAAAUUUUGCUCUAGUUUUGGAAGACACCUACGGUCUGGACUCAACCAUGAUUGGGUACAUUAUGUCCUUCCAAGGGAUAGUGAGCGCGGGGACAGGCUUUCUCAGUGGACUAGUCGCAGACUGGGUGGGAGGAGCAGUUCAGCGCCUGCGUCUAAGUUCCCUAGUCUCUCUGAUCUCACUCAUCGGAGUCACUUUCUCGCCGACUGCGGGCCUUUCAGUGGCCUGCCUGGUCCCAUUCUGCGCCUCCAACUCCAUCGCGAGAAUAGCUUCGGCUGAAGUGACCGCAGCCAGGGCGCCUCCGGGGUUGCUGGGCUCACUGGUUGGUCUGACCACGACCGUGACGUCGUCAGCGAGGACCGUGGCGCCGUUGAUUGCCAGUGUGGUGCAGACGUAUUCUGACCGUGGUCCUGGAGCGUUUGGAGCCGCGUUCAACCUCGUGGGCUUCCUGUUGACGUUUCACUUGGCCGCUUUGCCGGAGCCGAUUGGUGAGGAACUUGAGCCUGGUGAUGCUGAUCGGAAGCUGAAAGCGGAUUAAGGUGCACCAGGGGAAGGAAAAAAAACAUGAUGCCAGCAUGUGCCGAUUAUGUGCUGCAUGGCUGAUGCAGGAACGCGACAAGUAUAAUUAGCAUGAAACGAAGGACUGUUGACAGACUGGCGUCGAUCCACAACCCGUUUCUUGUUGCCCAAGUCAGGCAGUAGCACACUCAACACACUGACAUUGUCUGUAGAGCCUCUUGGUUC